GCCUGUCUCCUCUGGUAGGUUCCACAAUGGUACAGCCAGCAUCACGCUGCACAAUGGUUUCCAGGCAGUGAAAGAGCGUGAUUCAGCAAGCCACUCUUCCCCCCCUCCCCUUUUAUUUCAUUAUUAUCAGACAUUUUGCCUCCCUUUUUUCUGUUCUCUUCUACCCUCUUCCCCAGGCUUUUAUUCAGUUCUUUAAAGGAAAACGGUGAUUUACCUUGAAACCAACUGCCCAUCUUUUUUUUUUUUUUUUUUCUUUUUUUUUUUCUUUUCCUUUUUCCCCCCCCUCUCUAUUGUUAUAAAUAGCCCAUUUUUUUUCCUCGGCACUGUUUGGAAUGUGAUUUUAAAAUACCACCUAAAGUCGCAGUUUGGGGAAAAGGUUUCUGGACGAGGAGAAUAGCUGGCGAGCAAGGAAUGGGCUAGUAUUAGAAACCUGUACCAACAGCAGGCCAGACUCAAAUAUCAGCUAUGGCAACCCAUGCAUGAAGUUGAUGCCUUUGAACUAUUUCCUAUAGAUGACACAUAGCACAUGCUGUGCUGUCUUCCACUGGGACAGAGGUGGAACUUGGACAGACCGCGUGUGCUGAGCAGUGCUCCCCAGACCUGCAGCUCUCCCCAGGAAGACCUGAGAACAAUUGCAAGUGUGCCACCUGGACAAAAUGUAAAACUUCGCUGUCAGACUGUCCUAUCCCUGGUAUUUAUGAGCCGCCAUUUCUUGUAUUAUUUUGGUGAACCUACUCUGGAUGUGAAGAUUGCCUUUUGUCAGGGAUUUGGGAAACAAGUGGAUGUGUCAUAUAUUGCCAAACAUUACAACAUGAGCAAAAGCAAAGUUGACAACCAGUUCUACAGCGUGGAAGUAGGUGACUCGACCUUCACAGUCCUCAAACGCUACCAGAACUUGAAACCUAUUGGCUCUGGGGCUCAGGGAAUAGUUUGUGCUGCAUAUGAUGCCGUCCUUGACAGAAAUGUGGCCAUUAAGAAGCUCAGCAGACCAUUUCAGAACCAAACUCAUGCCAAGAGAGCUUACAGGGAGCUGGUCCUCAUGAAGUGUGUGAAUCAUAAAAAUAUUAUAAGUUUAUUAAAUGUCUUCACACCACAGAAAUCUCUGGAGGAGUUCCAAGAUGUCUACCUGGUAAUGGAAUUAAUGGAUGCCAACCUGUGCCAGGUCAUUCAGAUGGAGCUGGACCAUGAGCGAAUGUCUUACCUUCUGUACCAAAUGCUCUGUGGAAUCAAGCAUCUUCACUCUGCAGGGAUUAUCCACAGGGAUUUAAAACCAAGUAACAUUGUAGUAAAAUCUGACUGCACGUUGAAGAUUCUGGAUUUUGGACUGGCCAGGACUGCAGGCACUAGCUUCAUGAUGACCCCCUAUGUGGUGACACGUUACUACAGAGCGCCGGAGGUCAUCCUGGGAAUGGGCUACAAGGAGAACGUGGAUAUAUGGUCUGUGGGAUGCAUUAUGGGAGAAAUGGUUCGCCACAAAAUCCUCUUUCCAGGAAGGGACUAUAUUGAUCAGUGGAAUAAAGUUAUUGAGCAGCUGGGAACACCAUGUCCAGAAUUCAUGAAGAAGCUGCAGCCAACAGUACGGAACUACGUCGAGAACAGACCCAAGUACGCUGGCCUCACGUUCCCCAAACUUUUUCCAGACUCUCUCUUCCCAGCAGACUCAGAACACAACAAACUCAAAGCCAGCCAAGCCAGGGACCUCUUAUCAAAGAUGCUGGUCAUUGACCCGGCCAAGAGGAUAUCAGUAGAUGAAGCCUUACAGCAUCCAUACAUUAACGUCUGGUACGACCCAGCAGAGGUGGAGGCGCCUCCUCCUCAGAUAUAUGAUAAACAGCUGGAUGAAAGGGAACAUACAAUCGAAGAAUGGAAAGAACUCAUCUACAAAGAAGUAAUGAAUUCUGAAGAAAAGACUAAAAAUGGUGUAGUAAAAGGACAGCCUUCUCCUUCAGGUGCAGCAGUGAACAGCAGUGAGAGCCUCCCUCCAUCCUCAUCUGUCAACGACAUCUCAUCCAUGUCCACGGAUCAAACCCUGGCGUCUGACACGGACAGCAGCCUGGAAGCUUCUGCGGGACCCCUCGGUUGUUGCAGGUGACUAGCCGCCUGCCUGCGAAACCCAGCGUUCUUCAGAGGAUGAUGGAACCUAGGAGGAAAAAAUGAUGGGAGCUAAGAGAUGAAAAGAAAGAGAAAUAAAACACAGAGAUUUAAGUGAAACAAACAAAGAAACAAACAAACAAAAAAAAAUCUUUUCAGCCUGCUUCUCCUACAGAGUUAUGUAAUGCAGCUAAGCUCAAGUGUGUAUUUAACUUAUAGUUGCUCUGCUUUGGUCUUCUUCCAGUGAUGCUUACUGGGGGGCAAAAGGAAAAAAGGAACUGAAAAAAUCCUUUUUUUACCCCCCUCCCCACAAGAUGUUAAAUGAAUGGCUGCAAAACCAGCAACCUGCAACUGUCUUUUUCACAAUGGCAUGACAAGGUGUGCAGUAGCCACGCUCCACCAUAGGAGUGUGUGUCUGCCUUCACUGUCUGCUCUGCCAUCUGCCCAGUGAGGCAGGCAGGGAUCUCCAUGCAUUUUUUCCUCACACACAUACACACAUGUGCCAACAGAAUCCUGGCAGUGCAUGCAGCUGUGUGCCUGCACAUCUGCACAGGCACUUAGUGUGCACUUCACGACUAUAAAUGGCCCAUUCCAGGGGAACUGCUUAACUACAUAUGGGAUCUUACAGUACAAAUUCUAUCCGUUUGCUCCUUGAUGAGGUUACAUAUGAGGACUUGUGGAAGUGUAAAUAACCACAUAGACCUGUGGCUCCCUCAGACACUUGAAGAUGUAGCACCAAAUUUCUGCUGAGAGUUGUAUAUAAAUUUUGAAAUAAUAACCAGUUUUAUUGAAAGAAGAAGCCACAGAGCUUCAUAGAAAAAAUGCUAGUUUGUGAAUGUUAAGAUUUGUUGUUCUGAUUUUUAGAGCAGAUAUGCCAAGAUAAGACUGGGUUAGAAGAAAGCACAUGCAUCAUUGCGAGUUACAGGGAACAAGAGUGAAGGGGUUUUAUGCAUGUCUAAGCCCAGAAAGGUAUCAGUAAGCAACUUUCUCUGUCAAUGUUAAGUGAGUUAUCAUCUUAGGGCAUAGAUAGGCUUGCUAUUUUGAAGUACUUGUAUGUUUGUAAAUUAGAGGGUAUGACAGGGUUGGGGAAUAAGCAGACUGUGAUCAAAAGGACAUGCACCAACUUGUUUUUAUUUUAUGUCUAGAUCUUUAUUAGAUUAGCUAGAGAAAGGAUAUUUGCAGCUCACUCCCUCUCAGUGUGUGUUUGCAGCUCAGAGGUUGUUUUCCCUUUUCAUCAUUCCCUAGCAGGCACUUCUGCUACUCAGAGAACAGGCAUUCUCUGGGUGCUAUUGGCUCUUCAUUUCCUCAUGACAAAUCAGUGGACUCCCCAGGAAGUUUUAGCAUUUGUGUUGCACAGAAAAGAACCACAGAGUGCAUGGGUCUAGUUUUCCUACAUUCUAACAGCAAAGGUUAUCAAUCAGCUCGUACGCUGGCCUGGAAGGGUCACAGCCAGGGGUCUUGGGCAGUUUGGACAAGUUCUGAAGAACUCAACAGUGACUGAAUAUCAAAUUGAAUUUGCCAGGUAAUAAAGCAGAGGAUUUCCCGUGGUAAGUAACAGCAAGAAUGACAAAAUUCCACACAAAAUUUCAGAACCGUUGAAUUUUUUUUUCCAGCCAAAACAGCAAUUGGCAUUUUCCACAGCAAGGUCAGCAUUUAUCUGAGUUGGAAAUUAACCAAACUCCAAGUCAUUUGUCCUUUUACCAAAGUGUGCCAUGUAAACUGAAAUGAGCUAAAUCCUACUCUAAUGCUUUUCCAAGUGCCAGAGAGAGAAACUGUUUAGACUAUGUUAGUGGAUAUUUUAAAUUCACUAACUCUUUAAUAUUCAAAACUCUACCAAAAUAGGGCUGCUCCAUUGGGUGGCUUACAAGCCUGCCAUUCUGUGGUAGAAUAAAAAAUUAGUAUCAAAUCAGAUUUUUUUCAAAGGGAAGAAAGAGAAGGAAAAAACUUCUCUCCAGGGUGAGGAGGACAGGAGAUAAAAAUGAAGAGGAUAUAAAAUAAAAUCAGACUUGGUAGGUCUGAGCUGCAUCAGAAUUGCUGUAAGAAGUGGGGGUCUUUCCCUGGUUAUAUUUUUGGUAGCUUUUUAUCAAAUUGUUUUUGGAGAAUAAAAUUAGGUUGUUAAUGUUCUAAAAACUCAGAGCAGUAAUUUUAAAAGCAAUAAUUUACUACUGCUAAAUAUAUUUAGCAAUAUUCUCUCUUAAGCCAUGAAACAUCAGGUGAUUAUUGAGUGAUGUAACUCACUCCAAAGCCAAUGAUCAUAAAAGUAUUGAAAGGUUAACAGCAAAGCUCUGUAGGUAUGUAGGCAAUAACACCAAGGGUGACUUCUUAGCAAUAAGUAAAUGUAUCGCCUCCAGAUUUAAUUCACCAUAGAUACAUAUUAAUAAUAUUCAGGUAACUAGUAUCUACUUUACAUUCCUUAGUGUGCACCAUUCGAGUGUGUUAUUUAAGCAAAGCUUAACUAAGUCUCAUUGAGGCAAACCUGCAAAAAUAUCACCAGUGUAGACUGUAGAAACUUGGAGUAAUCCCAGUUCAUUGCCAGUGAAGUUAUGGAGAUGUGGCAUAGGCAAUAGCAGAGAAGCCAUUUAGAGUAGAUGGAGACUUGUAGACCUCCCAUGUUUCAUCUCUAGAAGGCAAAUCUGUGCUCUUAGUCUCAUGGUAUAAUUCAGUCCUGUUUGGGUUCAUGAGUGCAGGGUGAAGAAGCAGUCACCAGAGAAGGUGUCCUUAGGUAGGUGCUGAAUGGACUCACAACACAGGAGUUACAUAAUCAGCUUUAUUCCCUGAUUCUGCUAAGCACCAGAGCUUGUUCAAACAUCUCAUAGAGACUAGAGGAUGCUUACAAAAAAUUAACUAGCAUGUGCUUUUGUCCUUUGCUCAGCAGUGAUCGACAUCAGCAUGUGCUUAAGUGCCUUGCUGAAAUGGGGCCUGAAAGAAUUACUGCAUCUCUUUUUGUCCUCAAAUCAGUCUCCUUCAUGAGAAGCUCUGUCUGGGGGAGGAGACUUGGAGCUGUCCACACUGGACACUAGAAAAAAAAAGCCAUCAAUGAAGAAAAGCAUUAGUUCUGUAAAGUUCUGGUCCUUGUGUGUCCAAACUGAAGCAGCAGGAAUAGCAUCCUUUGUUUUGCUUUGUGCCAGGAAUUCAGUGCUGUCAGCUGAUACCUUACAAUAACACAUGUACUCUUGAAUAAAGGAUCAUAGUGAUGAUGUUCUGAGGAUGUUUUAAGAGAAACCACUUUUUUUUUCUGAUUCUCGAAGUUUUGAUACCAUCCUCUUAAAGUCUGCUCCCCAUUAUUCCAAAAUUAUAUUCAGCUUGAUAAUGAUAUAUUCUUUCCUUAAUUUUGCCAUUGAUCUUUCAAAGCUGCUUCUGCUUAACACAUUACUAAAUGUAGUACUUUGGCAACAAUUUUCACUUAAUUCUCUGAGGUUUGCAGUUGUAAGCAUCACUGCCACCAGUGCAGAAGUGAAGGAAACUGGGAAGCCAAAGAUCUGUGACUGAUGUUCCAAGGUAUUUAGGCACUCUAGGGGGCAAUCAGUGAGCCUGUGCCAGAAGUGGCAUAACUUACAUCAUCCUGAAUGGCAGCUGGACACCUUGACAUUUCUGAAAAUAUGCCUCAGAGCCUCUUGGUGUCAUAAGUGCCUCAAUACCCAAGGAAAUUCUGUUCCAAGUGGCUCACCUAAGUCAUGUAUAUAGGCAACAGCAGGGUGAGGAGAAUGGCGCGAGCAUUAUCUGUCAGUGACUGAUCAGACCACUAGCUGCAUUGAGAUGGUAGAGAGGAAAAUUGCUGAAAAACAUCCCUGCUUUUUUUCAGAUGGAGAAUUUUGGGAUAGUAUGAGGAAAAAAAAGAAAUAAGUCAGAACAGUUCUUAAAAGACCAUCCCUCUAUUUGCUUUCUCACUGCUGAGGUUAAACAAAGAUAAGGCAGUGAUUUAUUACAAGUUGAUGUAAGAUUAUGUAUGUUUUCAAUCCAAAAUUUUGGUAAUUUUUGAAAACAGUCUUCAGAUACUGACUUGGUAGCUGCAAUAGUAUAUUGUGAGCUUUGACUGUAUUCCAUUAGAAUAUAUCUUCAGAGAGUUCAGAUAUUUGAGUUGAUCACUGUGAUUUAUGCGAAUUGUAUUGUGGUUGAUGUUCCCCUGUCCUAUCUAGAAUUCCACAGCACAAAUAGAUUCAUGAAUCAUAGCAAGUUUGCAUUACAUAAAACAGAUUGAAAUUGGAGUACAAGUAUGGCAGUGUGUCAAAAAAAAACACCCAAAAACCCCACAAAAAAACCCCCAAGCAGUAAAGCUACAGAAAGCCUGAUCAGGUUUUCUAAGCCCUAAUGCACUGAUGGUUUUCCUCUGGAAAUCACCAGUUCCUGCAAAGCAUUGACUUCUGAAGGUUACACAAGACAGAUGAUCAUGUUACUCUUCCAAAUUUAUAAGCAAUUUGGUUCAUAUACAUUCCUUUAUCUUCAUAGAUAUUGCUUUACUUUCUAAUUCUGGGAUAACAAUACUGAAGAAAUGAGACCUGAUGCAGUGCCUUUUGGGAGUUUCCCAAAGUAGUACUACUUAACUGAUUUGGAUUGUAUUCUAAAGUUGUCAGUGAGCACCAGUGAUUUCUUUUCCACUAAUUUAUUUUCUCAUGAAAAACAUGCUAAUAAUAACUUUUAGUACUGCCUGAGAGAGUUACUUUUAGAAAAUCUCCCAAAUGUUUUAUUAAAAAAGUGUUUUGAAUAUGUUUGAACUAUUGUAAAAUGGAAUUGGAGUAUUUUAAUUCAAAGUAACUUCUAGUAACCAAUGCUAGCUAUUUAUAUUGCAAGCUUCACAGUAGUUUAAAAGACCAAAAACUAUUUUAGUUUCAGAUCUAUUUACUUCUAUUCAGAUCUAUUUAUAUUUCUUCCUUCAUGCUUAUUUAGAGUUUAAAAUUUUGUGUGAAUUCAAACAUGCAAAACCAACCAAAGAAAGGGCAUUUUACAACGAACUCUGCUUCCAGGGAGAGCAAUAUGAAAGAAAACUUUCAGGAACCAAUUAGUUUUCUAUUUAAAGUCUGAGCUAGUCAUUCCAUUUAUGUUUAGGCUUUUCUUUUUCUUUACUUCUGUAUGUGUGUGUAGGGAAGAGAGGGUGUUCAUAUGGAUUUGCAGAACCUCUGUUCCACUUGUGCUUGGUCCCAGUUGUCAGUGUGGAUAAAGAGAGGAAUUGUAACAUAAUCACACAUCUUCAAGAAUCUGAUGGCUGUGCUUAUUUGAACUUCCACCACUUUAAAAAGGACACAGUUAACUGAUUGCAAGCUCAAGGUGAUCUUUUUCUCACACGCACACACACACACACAAAAAAAAAAAGAAAAUCAUUGUGCAGUAGGUUUGAAUACUAUGUGAAUAUGUAAUUGUCUUAAUUAGUAAGAUGCUUGAGGUAUGCAGGGGAAUGGUGAAUGUGUCAUCUUCACCAAUGAGCUGGAAAACCAACCUGUCCAGUGGAAUUUAGUGGAAUCUUCUUAGUGUAUUAGGAACUUGCCAAUGGGGCCUGAUUUUUCUUUCAUUUUUGUUGUAGGUUUGGGGGUUUUUUAAUCAACAAUUGAUUGAAAGAAGUGAAAUGUUUAACUUAAUGCAUGUUCAGGCUCUUUGGCCUAUGGCAAGUUUGAGUUUUAAAGAGAGUUUGAUUUGACAAAAGAAUGUUGAAAAACUUCAGCUGAGGCUAGUGGUGCCUUUUUACCUGAGAGGGAAAAGCUGAAAAGCACACAUUGAAGGAAGACACAGUCAAUUUGGGGAAUAAAUGUAUCCUUACCAUGCUUAUCAUUUCAGACAGGUCUCUUUUGCUAAUUUUCACUGAACAGGGCCAUUCUUGUCUUCUGGAAAGCAAGAUAUUUAUAAUGUAAAUAGUUGUAUGGACUUAUUUUUUUUUUUCCUUCCUCUGUAACUAAUAUGUAAUAAUCCAACAUGCUAUUUCUGUUAAAAACUUUUACAAUAAGGCUGCUGUUUGCCUAAAUAUGGUUGACCUCUGACCUUUUCCUGAGUCAGUGACGUGUUGAUAAAGGAGGGUGCUGGAAGUUUCAGUGUACAUAUAGAAUCAUGUAUAUUUAUUAAAUUGGGUAAGUGGGACUUAUGGCCAGUAUACAUUAAGCCACAACAGUAACAAAGCUCCAGAUCUUAACUAGCAAAAACAACUGUUCACCUUGCCAUGUCCAUCCUGUAAUAAGAUCUAAGUUGCACCUGCCUGUAGUUCUGCAUGAUCAGACUUCAAAGUAUAACUAACAAAAUCUGUAAUGUAUCAGUGUUGAUAAACGUAGAUGUAAACAAGAAAAAAAAUGAAAAAAAAAAAAAAAGAAAAAUGAAAAAAAGAGAAAAAUAACAGAAAAAUUGAAUAACUUGAUCAACAAAAGAAAAUCAGCAACAGCUCAGUAUCAAGACUGGAAGAUGAGACAUGUCUGAUUUUGUUGCACAGUUAUAACUGAAAAGAACAACCGGUGUCAGUCAGCAUAAAUGGACUACAGUAAGACAUUUGUUAAGGAACCAACAUUAUUUCCAUACUGUUUUGUUCUUACCCUGUUUACUUUGAGCAUCUGUUGUUCCCUGUGUGUGGCACAGGGGAGAACAGGGCCUCAGUGAUCAGUGUUUUAUGGGUCAAUGUCGCAUCAAUGAUUUCGGAUUUCUGUUUGUUUAGCAAUUACUGAACGAAGAUGGGACUCUCAUGUUCUCCCAUGUGUCAAAAGGAAUCCUGUCAGAGCUUCCUCAUGAGGAUACUCUUCUCACUGCUGUCCUGACUCCUGUCUGGUGAGUGACUUUGCAGUGUUCCCAGGAAAGAGCCACCACAGGUUCCAUGUGGGCAUGGUGUGUGUUGUACUUUCACAGGGACUCAAAGUCACUUGGGGACAGGACUCAAUUGAAGUAUGGUAUGUACUCUAUGCAUGACGCCUAUAUCACACCUUUAUGACCUUAUAGUGGUAAAACUGAUGAUCUUUGCAGAUGUGGAUUUGGACCAUCUUUUUUUUUUGGAGGAAAGCUGUCCUUAUCCCACAAACCACUCGCUCCUAUCCAGAGCAGCUAAAUGGGGGUUAUAGAAGUUAAAGAGGUGCAAGGGCCUUCUCGGGACCAUGCCCAUGGGUGAAUUUCAUGCUGUUUGAAUGUGAUCUUGCCAAAAAAGCCUGUAUAUCUAGCAGGGGAGACUGUGACUGUCCUAUAAGGAGUGUUUGUGUUGUUUACUUUAAAACAAGCUUUGCUAAUUAAAGUAGUGUAUUCCGGAGUCUAUUUGAAUGGCAUGAAGGGUAUCAAUGAAGAAGGUGGAAAGAAUUCUCCUACAGCUC